CCUUUUGCCUUAAUUAAUUAAUUAAUCAAACAUAAACAACUAUGUCAACCCAAAAAAAGAAAAAAAAGAAAAAAAAGGAGGGCUACCUGGUGUUUACCUAUGGAUGCUUAUUGCUUCGCUGCAUCUCUUUGUUUUAGCAUGGGAUGUUCAUGUAUAGGAAGAGAUCCAAAAGAAUAAAUGGCAGCAGGUUUUAGGAAAGGGAAGCAGGGGUGGGUUUAUAGUAUAACUAGCCAAUUCAUUUGAACCCAGUAGCUUCGGCUCAUACAUUGUAGCUAUGUGUUAAAAUCACUUUUGAUGGUAGCCAUCGUUCUUUUCUUGCCCAUCAGCCAAAUAUGUUGUAGGGUAAGAAGCACGCCUUUUGGAAAUGACUGCCCGAACACAACUACCUACAGUCCAAAUAGCUUGUAUCGGUCUAACCUCAAGUUGCUAGUAUCAAACCUUUCAUCUGCCUUUGGCGAAAACAAUUGCUAUUACAGCUCCACUACUGGCGGUGAAGAUGGUUCUGAAAAAAAUGUAUGGCAUGUUUUUGUGUAGAGGUUACGUCUCCGAGGAUGAAUGCUAAGAUUAUGUGACUGGGGCUACUGCAAAAAUAAUUCAGUAUUGCCCCAAAUUAAAAAUGGAUAUGUUUUUUUAUGAGCAUUGCUUCUUAACAAUAUUCAAAUCAAUCAACAUAUCCGGAGCCAGAUUGAUCCAUAUUUACCAAUCCAGCAUUUACGUGCUAUGUAAUGGUCGCACAAUUAACAUUGAACCAGCCAGCAGCUAAGAGACAUGAUGGAUGGAAUUGGCGACUGCUAUUGAUCACUGGGGCAAAAGAUUUUUAACUAAAGAAACCAAUUUCACUAAUCAGAAAACGAUAUGUACCCUUGCUCAGUGCAUUCCUGGUCUUUCAGCUUCUGACUGCCUAAAAUGCCUUAAAACUGUGAUAACCAAGUCCCCAGUCUGCUGUUAUGGGCGAAGGGGUGCUAGAAUUUACUACCCUAGCUGUAAUAUCAGGUAUGAGGAGUAUCUUUUCAACAAAAUCAAAAAAGUACCUGUGCCUCCUCCUGCUCCAUCCAAAAAUAAAGGUAGAGUUUACUACUACAAUAUCUUUAGAGGUAAGUUUACAGAUGACUAGUUUUCUUCUUGCUGAGAAACACCAAACACCAUAGUUCACUUUAUUGGUGUCGCACCUCUAAGUACAUGUUGUGGUUGAUGACUUAACCAGGUUCUUCCGCAGGACUCGAUAUUCUUAAAUCGGAUGCAGCACAAUAUAGAAUUCCAAUUAAAAAAGUAUUCUUGAUUGUUUGUAUGGUCGUUGCUAUCAUUCUUUUGAUUCUAAUCUUUAAGGAGAAGUAGGAAAAGGAAUAGUCUAAAGGAGAUGAAGGGUAAAAUCCGAAGACUUUAUAUAUGACUUUACUAUAAUUCAAGUGCUACGCAUGUUCUAUUAAUAUAUAUGUUGCAGAUCUCAAGGGGAUUUUAACAGCUGAAUCCUUGCAAUAUGACUUUGGUACAAUAGAAGCUGCCACAAACUGCUUGUCUGCGCAAAACAAAAUUGGUAAAGGUGGAUUUGGUGAUGUCUAUAAGAGGGAAUUUCUUACUGGACUAGAGGUAGCCGUAAAAAGGCUAUCACGAAGGUCAAGCCAAGGUUUAGAAGAAUUUACAAAUGAGUUUGUACUUGUAGCAAAGCUUCAAAACAGAAAUUUAGUGAGGCUGCUUGGUUUUUGUUUGGAAGGAGAAGAAAAGAUACUCAUCUACGAGUUCAUAUGUUGGUUUAUUUGACACGAAGAAGCAAUCAUCAUUGGAUUGGUCAGUACGUGACAAGAUUAUUAGAGGAAUAGUGCGCGGAUUAGUUUUUCUUCAUGAAGAUUCUCGUCUUCAAAUCAUACACCGUGACUUCAAAGCAAGCAACAUAUUGUUAGACAAAGAUAUGAACCCAAAAAUUUCAGAUUUCGGCAUGGCUAGAAUCUGUGGAGUUGAUCAAACUGAAGGAAGCACCAACACAAUUGUGGGGACAUACAGUUACAUGUCACCAGAAUAUGCACUGAAUGAUCAAUUCUCUGUGAAGUCCGAUGUAUUCAGUUUUGAUGUGCUUCUUCUGGAGAUAACAAGUGGAAAGAGAAAUAGAUCUUUUCAUCAUGAAGAUGGACUUGAAGACCUCCUCACUCAUGACUCGAUAUUCCUAAAUUGGAUGCAGCGCAUGAUGGAAUUUCAAUUAAAAAAGUGCUCCCAAUUGUUUGUACAGUCAUUGCCACCAGUCUUUUGAUUCUAAUCUUCAUUGGAGGCUUACCUUUAAUACGGAGGAGAAUUAGGAAAAGGAAUAAUCGAAAGAAGAUGAAUGACCUCAAAGGCAUUUUGACAGCUGAAUCCUUGCAAUAUGACUUUGGUACAAUAGAAGCUGCCACAAACUGUUUCUCUGCGCAAAACAAAAUUGGUAAAGGUGGAUUUGGUGAUGUCUAUAAGGGGAAAUUUCUUACUGGACAAGAGGUAGCCGUAAAAAGGCUAUCAAGAAGGUCAAGCCAAGGUGUAAAAGAAUUUACUAAUGAGGUUGUACUUGUAGCAAAGCUUCAACACAGAAAUUUAGUGAGACUGCUCGGUUUUUGUUUGGAAGGAGAAGAAAAGAUACUCAUUUAUGAGUUAGUGCCUAACAAAAGCCUCGACUAUUUUUUAUUUGACACGAAGAAGCAAUCAUCAUUUGAUUGGUCAAUACGUGACAAGAUUAUUAGAGGAAUAGUACGAGGAUUAGUUUAUCUUCAUGAAGAUUCUCGUCUCCGAAUCAUACACCGUGAUCUCAAAGCUAGCAACAUAUUGUUAGACAAGGACAUGAACCCAAAAAUUUCAGAUUUCGGCAUGGCUAGAAUCUUUGGAGUUGAUCAAACUGAAGGAAGCACCAACACAAUUGUUGGAACAUACGGUUACAUGUCACCAGAAUAUGCACUGCAUGGUCAAUUCUCCGUGAAGUCAGAUGUAUUCAGUUUUGGUGUGCUUCUUCUGGAGAUAAUAAGUGGAAAGAGAACUAGAUCUUUUUAUCAUGAAGGUGGACUUGAAGACCUUCUUACUCAUGCUUGGAAGCUGUGGAAAGAUGGUAAAGCUAUGGAACUUGUUGAUCCAACUCUUGAUGACUCAAAUUCAACAUCUGAAGUCAUGAGACGUAUUCACAUUGGGUUGUUGUGUGUUCAAAAUGAUCUGGACGAAAGACCUACAACCGCCUUGGUAGCUCAUAUUCUCAGUUCUGAUUCUGCUACUCUACCCGAGCCAAAUCGACCUGCAUCUUUUAACGAUUAUACUAGAAUAAGAAAGUUCGAUCAACUCUCCAAGAAAUCCAUUCCUUUGUCAUCCGUUUGCCGAGAACCAAUUACUGAAGUCUAUCCAAGGUAGGUAUUCGAGGGGAAAAGGCUUGAAAGCAUUGAGUGUGUACUGCAUUAUAAGAUUUGUUCAUUGUAAAUAGCUGGGGAUCGUACAAUCAGAAUCACAAGUAUGUAAGGUAUUUUCACUAGUAAAGUUCAAGUUCAUGAUUAGAUUGGAAAGUUCAAAUAACUGUGCAAUUAUAACAAUAGAUAUUUUGGUUGUGUUUUAAUGAUGGUUGUGUCUGAAUGUCAUUCAUGUCUUAGGUUGUAAUUUAAGGUGUUAGCAGUGUUGGAGUGACUAUUUUCAGAUUUCUUCUUGUAAUAUCAGUGUAUCUAGUGUAAAACAUCAGUAUUUGUUCCUUUAUUUACUGUUUUACGCAGAAAAGUCUAUCAGAUCUCCAUGACUCCAGUUGAGUUUUCUUGCAA